AUGCAGAUCUUCGUCAAAACCCUGACGGGGAAAACCAUCACCCUCGAGGUCGAGUCUUCCGACACCAUCAACAAUGUCAAAGCAAAGAUCCAAGAUAAGGAAGGAAUCCCACCGGACCAACAACGACUGAUCUUCACCGACACACAGCUAGAAGACGGCCGCACUCUUACUGACUACAACAUCCAGAAGGAAUCCACACUCCACCUUGUUCUCCGUCUCCGUGGUGGAGCCGAGAAGCGUAAGAAGAAGACCUACACCAAGCCGAAGAAGAUUAAGCACAAGCAUAGGAAGGUGAAGCUAGUUGUUCUUCAGUUUUACAAGGUCGCUCAUUUUGGGGAAACUUUGAAGGUACAAUCUGAAGCUUUUGUUGUAAAACCUAAUUAUGUUGGUGAGACUUGGGCCUUUGGCCCAAGCGAUUUUGGCCUGCGUGUACACUCCCUCAAUGCUACUGCACCCCAUCUGAUUGGACUCUGA